AUGAUGAUCGGUACCAUAGCGGACUUGGCAAGCCUUGUUCAACAACAACAACAACAACCACCACCACCACUACCACCACAACAGCCUUCUUCUUCUUCUACAUCCUCAGUAACAACCACAAGCACGGAAUUGGCAGUUCAUCCUACUACGACCACGACCAUCAUCCAACCAAUAGUAGCAACAUCAACAAACCCAACAACAAACUCACCUUCUGCAUCAACAACAACAACCACACGACCCACCAAGAAAUACAACACAGGAGGUUCCUCCAAAAAGUACAUUCCAAGCUUCUUCUCCGAAGCAGAUUGUAUUGUUGGUGGUAACAAUUAUGAUCCCUACGAUCAACAACCACUCCUCACUCCCGAUGAGGUAGUCAUUUCUACCAAAAAUCUCAUCUUUGAAAAGUAUCAUGGAGAAAAUCACUUGUUGAGUUCUUUAAAGUACACUCUUAGAGUUUGUACAGUAAAUUGUGGAUUGCCAGAUAUGUGGGUCAAGAUUGAAUUAGUAUGUGGUAAUUCAAAUACUCCAAUUAAAUGUGUAAAAAAAGAACGACGUGGAAAGAGAGGGCUUAAGGGAAGAUGUUAUCAAGAAUUUGACAUUUCAAAGCAUGGAUAUUUAAAAGCUAAAUUAGAAUUUCGUUUUCGUGAAACAAGCAGUGACAAUGCAUCCGAUAAAUUCAGACUUAAAUUGGACAUUUACAAUGAGACGACGUGUUUACUGACAUUCCUUAGUCCUCGAUUUAGAACUGUUGUGAGAUCUCCACAAAGAGGAAAGUAUAAAUUAUUGAGAGAACAAUUAGAAACGAAAGGAAUUACAGGGAUACCUUAUGAAAAGCCAGAAGAUGAAAAAAGUGAUCAUCAAGAUUCAUCCUCUUCAGCCAAUUCCAAAUCACAACCAAUUCUGGCACCUCAAGAUUCUGCAGUCUUGUCGAACUUGACUCCACUGUUAGAAGCUGCUAUUGGUUUGGCAAGCGCAACUGUUUCGACUCCUUCAAGCAACAGUAGCAAUCAAAGUGCUGGAAAACGAAAACGUGGAACCCAAAAGACAAAAUAA